GAGCUAUUUACAAACGCGCAAGAGGAAUAAAAACAUGGGGACCGCUUCAAAAAGCCAGAGGCAGUCAGGAGGCAUGAUCUGAGGGGACGCGGUCUCACUAAACGCGGACAAAAUGACGGCGAAGACCGAAGACGAGGUGUGCGCGUCUUAUGGAAGUCUCAUGGACGUGAUCCCCAAAGACGUGUUCUCCACAGAGGGGGUCGUGUUUAAAGAAGAGCCCAUGGGGGAGGAGGAGGAGGAGUAUGGGGGGAAGAACGGAGCCGGUGCCCUCACAUUCAGCCAGAAGGACGAACCACCUGUGCACGCGGACCUGACGCACUACGUGGCCACUUUACGCACGCAGCCGUUGUCCUUUACGGCCAAGUUCUCCGUGGACUCUCGAAGCGCACGAGGGCCGUGGACCACUGAGGAUCUGAUCAACGUGGUGAGCGCAGACAUCACUGUCCCGGACCUCACCUCUGCGGGGGCGUCUCCGUGCGCGUCUCCACCGGACACCUACACAUCCUCAGGAGGGAGCGCGGCGGAGGGAGAGCACGCGGGGGAAGGCGUCAUGGCGCACGCGCAGCCGGACCUUAGUCACAUGUACGCGCACGCUCACUCACAUGCACACCCACACGCGGCCCCGUCCUACUCGUGCAGUGGGGAUUUGUACCAGGACCAGAGCGCGUACAUGGCUUCGUCCGCGUGCGCCAUGUCCUACCACGCGCCCCAGCCCACGGUGGACGGGGCCGCGCUCCUGUCCUUCGUGCCCGAGUACAGUGGCUUCUACCCGCAGAGCUGCCAGCGGGAGGAGCGGAAAUCCCUCCCGUACUCCCUGGAGCCACUGCGCGUGCCCCCGCCUCUCACACCGCUCAACACCAUCCGAAACUUCACCCUGGGCGCACCAGGCGCAUCCACAGAGGGGCCCAUGGCCACGGCCUUUCCCGCUCACCAGAGCCUGCCUCUAAGGCCCAUACUGCGGCCCCGAAAGUACCCCAACAGGCCUAGCAAGACGCCCGUGCACCAGCGGCCGUACCCGUGCCCCGCGGAGAGCUGUGACCGCCGCUUCUCUCGCUCAGACGAGCUGAGUCGUCACCUGCGCAUCCACACGGGGCACAAGCCGUUCCAGUGCCGCAUCUGUAUGCGGAACUUCAGCCGCAGCGAUCACCUGACCACGCACAUCCGCACGCACACGGGGGAGAAGCCCUUCUCCUGCGACCAGUGCGGACGGAAGUUUGCGCGCAGCGACGAGCGGCGGCGGCACAUGAAGAUCCACCUGCGGCAGAAGGACAAGAAGGCCUCCGGCUCCUCUUAAGCCCCACGUGCCAUGGACUUAACCGUGCAAACACUGAACCCCGGCCCUCUGCUGCACGCGCACUCCUCAUGUAUCUGAACCGCGCACUGCCGCAGGUCACAGUAUAUUUAUUAAACAGAUCUGACAUAAGAGUGUUCAAGUGCCCCGUGAGACCCACACCACAGAACCACCACCACAACAUGCCUUUAUGAGAAUCCAGAAUGCACGUGCAGCAUGGCCCCACACCAGCCCCUCUCUCAGUUCACACACUCACACAUGAACCCUCACCCACAGCUUGCUUUUGUGCUCUUGAGCAAGGUGUUGUGUCUGCUUACAGUUUGUGCUGCUGCUACUCAGGGAUUUGGAGUCCAGGUCCACGUAAGAAUGCAAAACGUCCUUAUGCAAAACACUAAAACUAAUCUAUUUAAGCAAUGAAGUAUUUCAUUUGAAUUGAAACCAAUUUGUAGCCGCCAACAUCAACACCACCACAACCACCACCACCACCACACUGAAACAAAGUAAACCACUAAACAGGUGAACACAUUUGAAUACGACUGUUUGGGAGGAAUUAGAACAUUCUUUUGAAUAUUGAACUCAGAUGCAAAGUUCUGCAGACUGUUUUUCCCACUUUGUAGAUGUCUUUUUGUUUUUUAUACACCAGGGAGGUUGUUACCAGAUUGUAGCGUGGUCAUUUAUUCCUGUUUGGCAAAGAUUUGUAUUUUUGAAUGUUUGUAAUUUUUGGAAGAGACUGAAGGAUAUUUGCGAUUGUGUUUGUGGUAAUUCAUUUUUAUGCAACAAGCCGAGCACCGGAGCUUUGACUGUGCUGGACCGAUGAUGCUUCUUGUCGAUGCAAUUAAAAGUUCUCUUGUACAAUUGUU